AUGGACGUCGCCUACAAUCAGCACGCGGACCGCGCCCGUCGCAAGAACCGCUCCUCCACAAACAUCAACCACCUCACGCUCGCGCCCCUCACAGUCAAGCUCCCGCUCGGCAGCGACGCCGACGACUUCCCCGACGCGCUCCUGCUGCAGCACCACCAGCAGCACUGGCAAUGGCAUCACCAGCAGCCGCAGCCCCCGCGCGGCGGCACCACCACCACUACGUCCUACCUCGAGGGCAAGUCGGCUCCGACGACGCCCCGCCUCCUUUCCCGCUCCGCCACGCCCUCGCGCUCGCGCUCCCACGCACGCAUGCCCUCCGCCCCGAGCGAGCUCAUGGCCAAGAGCAGGUCGUCGACCUUCCUCGUCGGCGCCGGCAGCAUCACGAGCGCCGCGGCAGCGCGCCGACCCGCGACGUCGGGCGCCACCACGCCGCGCGGUAGCGGCCGCCGGAGGGGUGGUGGCGAGGACGGCCUCGGCCCGCGCGACCGCAACGACAGCGACUGGGUGCUGCGCGCGGGCGCCCUCAUGACCUCGGAGGCGCGCGAGUACAAGGGCCAGACGUGGCUCGUCUCCCGCCAGAGCUCCACCAGCCUGACGGCCAUGCGCGACGACGACGAGGAGGCCUUUGAACAGGAGCUCGAGCGCGAGCGCUCCGUUGCCGCUUCCGCCAGCCGCAGGGGUAGCUCCGCCUUCGGCACCGACGACGGCUACGCGACGCCCGGCGGCAACGGCAGCCGCGUGCCCAGCCGCUUCAAUAGUCGCUCUCACAGCCUGGGCGAGCACCACCGGGGCGCCAGCCACGCAGGCACGCCCCUUGACCAGCAGCACCAUCGCACCGAGGGCUUAUCCUCCUCGUCCUACUUCCCCAGCCAGUCGCCGCACCCGGACUCGGCGGCGGCGGGGGGCAUCUCCGGACCGGACUUUGUCAAUCUCGACGAGAAGCUCGAGGAGCUGGAGCGUGACACCUCGGUCGAGGACGAGGACGCGGUGCGCAGGCUCGUCCGUCGCGGGCACACGGGCAAGGGCGGCUCAUGGAUCGCAAACGUCAUCGGCUGGUCGCUCUUCUCAGUGGAUGAGAACGACGAGGAAGAGGACGAGGAGGACGACGACGACGACGGGUCCAUCGUGGACGAGGACGAGGAGCGACCACGGACCGGACGCGCAGGCUGGUCGGACCGCCACUUCGAGGGCGUAUCCAACGUGCCUCUGGAAAGGAUACCGCCGCCCGCCAGCGACGAGGGCGGGUGGAAGGACGCCGCCUGGCUGCUGAGCGUGGCGAGCAAGGUAGUAUUUUAG